CAAGUUUCUAUUUUUAACAUGUGGAAAUUUCAUGACUUUGAUAUUUAAUGGAUGAAGAGCUAAACAAUGAGACAGCGGGCCGUGUAUGUAGUGAUUUACAACACACGACUACGCAAGCAGAAGACGAACUGGAACCAGAAGUUACAGAUGAUAUUAAUACCUUAAAAUACGAGGCACCUGAUGGUGGAUGGGGUUGGAUCGUCUGUGCGGCAUGUUUUACAUCGCACGUACUGACAGACGGGAUACUGUACUCAUUCGGAGUUGUGUUUGUUGAACUGUUGGAUUAUUUCGGAGGCAGCAAAGGAGAAACAGCCGUCAUUGCAUCAAUAUCAACUGGCAUCUGCUAUCUUACUGGUCCUGUUGUUGCCAUAUUUACGAACAGAUUUGGUUGCCGUGUUGUUACGUUUGUUGGAACAGUUGUUUUCUCAGGGAGCCUCGUUCUGAGUAUGUUCGCGCCAAACAUUCAAUUCCUGUACUUAAGCCUCGGAGCUAUGGUUGGAAUUGGUUAUGGUAUGAUAUAUCUACCGUCCAUAGUUUGUGUGAGUCAGUAUUUCGAGAAACGAAGGGCUUUUGCAACAGGCAUCGGAGUCAGUGGUGCUGGAAUAGGAACAUUUAUAUUCAGCCCUCUUACAAGUGUUCUGAUUGGAGCGUACGCAUGGCAGGGCGCCAUUUUGAUUCAAGCUGGCCUCGCUCUGAACUGCUUUGCAUGCGCAUUAGUGUUUCGACCAAUCGACUUUGCAGAAUCCAAAAUCAAAAGCGGUGACAAAAACAGUUCUGUUGAUGAAGGAUUAGAACUAACUGAAAUCAAGGAAAAUUAUCAACAUAUGUUCGAACUCGAAAUAUCAGUAAGAAAAGAAAAUAACAUUUGCUCAAAGUCAGUCAACGGAGAUACUGUAGACGAGCGCGAUUCAAAGGAAUUGUCCAAACACGCAUCAUCUCCACUUCUUAACGAGGGCACGAGAGACGGUUCACAUAGGACGUUGUCCCAAAUUGGAAGUAGUAGGAAAUCACUGAAGAAGAACAUCUGCAGUGAUAUAUUCAACGAAGUAUGGCAUAGUAUACGAUCAAGUUUUGACGUUGAAAUCUUUCACAAUGUUGCUUACUGUAUGUUUCUAGUGUCAACUUUUCUAUACAGUCUGGGAUAUUAUAUACCUUAUGUUUAUCUCCCGGAUACUGCCCGAGAAGCAGGGAUAAGCGACCUACAAGCCUCAUUUUUAGUUUCAUCGGUAGGUAUCACUAACACCGUUGGUAGAAUUCUUUUUGGAUUUUUGUCAGACAGACCGUGGGUGAACAGACUUGUGCUAUAUGCAACUGCCCUUGUUAUUUGCGGUGCAGCGACCUGUGUAGGGCCUCUGCUGUCCUCGUUUGGGUCUCUGCUGGUCUACACAAUGGUGUUUGGGGCCUUUAGCGGUGUGACAAUAUCGCUGACGUCAGUUUUGCUGUCCGAUAUCGUUGGGAUACACAGACUUGCCCAUGGUUUAGGCGUAUCAAAUUUCUUUGGCGGGAUCGGUUCUUUUGCCGGACCACCAAUUGCAGGUUGGUUGUAUGACAUAUCCGGAGACUACCUCGUGUCCUACAUAGCUGCUGGUACCGCCAUAUUUGUUAGUGGCGCCAUGCUCUACCCUGUUCCUUAUAUAGAAAAUAAAUUUAAACUUAAUAAAUCGCUGAAAUAAUGCUUUUUAAAAUCAAUGUUUUCCAAAUCAAAAUCAUUUAAAAUUAUAUAUUUUCUGUCAUAGAAUCAUAACAAGAAUGAACAGUAGCAUAGAUGCGAAUUUAUAUAGUUUCAUCUAAGUGUAUGUUGACAUUGACUUGCCUUCGAGGUGCUACAAACCUAAACGCAUUAGCAUUGAAUGAGACUGCGAUGCCGAUUGUGUCCAUCCAGAAUUGUUUAUCUGUUUCCAUAACUCCUUAUGCGCAGCAUGAUGAUUUUUAUCUGAUCCAUGACACUUUCUAUCCACUCCUGCCAUGUAUGCUGAUUCUUUAUAGGAUGUAAACCUUUUUAUUUUUUCUAUUGUUUAACUGAUCCAAGACCUUUUUAAUUCAUUGCAUCCUUUUUUGAUGGGAAUUAAGUUUACACGAUAUUGUAAAUGAAAGGCUCAUAAUGCCUUUUAUUAAAAUGCGGCUGCCACAUUUUCCAUUUAUGAACAUAAAAUACUUUAAUUUCUUGUUUAAUCCUAUAUCCAUGAUAUCUGAUAAAUACUUUCUUUACCAUUUGUCAAAUGUUUAAAUAUUGUUAAAUAUACUACACCGUUA